AUGUCGACCUACGAAAUCGAACACAAUACAACCGACCCCUCAACGGCCCAACCCCCACGCCGCCGUCGCCCCGACCUCUCCACCUUCUUCUCUGCCCUCUCCGAGAUCACACCCGCCCCAGACCACAGACCCCAUGCCGUGCCCGUGCCAGGAGACAUCAGUGCAGCAUUCUACUCCCUUGCCGAAGCGCUGGAGAUGAUGCGCCGAGAUGCGGGCACAGAGCCGCACACGCACGCGCAAGAAGGCACCGACAACGGCGAUACGGAUCACAGCCAAGAUUUGUUGACCACGAUGAUCCAGUCGCUUCUUUCACAGGCGGAUACACCACCGCGUGAGGUGGAGGGUGUUAAUGAGGAAUUCUGCGAUAUGCUCGACCGCGUCCCCAAAGCCCAGCUUAAAGAAUCCGAUAUCUGCCCUAUCUGCAAUAACCCCUUCGUGGAAGAUCCUUACCCGCUCGUCGUGCAGCUACCCUGUCACCCUACACACCGCUUCGAUAUGGAAUGUGUGCGGCCUUGGCUACGUCUGCGCGGAACGUGCCCGCUUGACCGGGUGGAUUUCGCGAAGCAGCAGAGGGAGAAGGCUGAGGCGCGGAAGAAGCUUGUUGAAGAGGAUGAGGAGGAGGAGUGGGAUGGUAUGUAUGGCUGA